AUGACAAAGACAGGAAAACCGGACAGCUACUGGAGGGACAUCUGUAUAAAAUAUGCCCAGGGCCAAUACCGUUUCACGACUGGCAAACGGCCAGGGGCCAAGAAAUGGAAGAAGGCCCUGGAGAACAUCGAUGCUUGCCCCCUGCAGAGCCAUACAAAGGAUCUGUUUGGGAGAAGGCUUCAGUGUUCCUGUGGGUUCCAUAAACCAGCAGAUCUGUCAUCAGGCGCUGGCUCCAGUGAGGCAGGAGAAGUUGAGACAGAGACAGGGCAAGUCCAAGUCUCCGCAGAGGUAGGAAAAGGAGGCACAGAGACAAGGAGAGGAGACACAGAGGCAGGGGGAGACGGAGACAACACAGAGGCAGGGAAAGGGGACACAGAGGCAGGACCAUCAGUGGCAGGACAGGGAGUCCAGUGCUACAAAUGCAACGAGGUAGUGGAAGGAGAAAAAUUCUCUGAGCACCUGUCUGACUAUCAUACAGAAGAGACAUGUGACACCUGUGGGGCCAAGGCUCAGGGCACCGUUGGUCUUUUGCAGCACAUCCAACUGGCUCACAAUUCAGCAUCAGUCUUGCCAUCGCCGCUGAAACCAGCACUGUCACCCCAAAAGCCAACACCACUUCCACCAAAGUCAAGGCCCUCUCUGCUCCCUCCCUCAAGUGGCUCUGCCAUGCCAGUGAUGCCGCACCACUCUGCAGCUCCACUUACAUUUACACCUGCGACGGUUAAUUGGAAAGGUUUUCUUCCUGACCAGUUCCGUAAAGUAAUCCAGGAAGCAGACCAGGUGUGGAUUGCUAAGUGCUUGUAUGAGCCUACAGGCCAGCUGAAGCGGAGGAUCAAAGCAUGUUGGUUUCACCCACCGCUGGAGUCCAGACCAUCUCCUCCUGAGCCUGGGUGGUACUACCGACAGAGAAUGUUCAUCUGGGCACCGAUGAGGAUGUGGGGCAUUCCACUCAAAUGCCCACAGUGUUCCCGGAGAAUGAACAGCUCCGGGAUCUACAGGAAGGUUAGAGAGGUGAUUGAUGUGGAUAGCCGCUACUACCUAGUGGGAGGGGACUAUCCACGUUGCAGCAAGUGCUCUCUGCCGGUCUGCCCAUGGAGCCAGAAUAUGCUCUCCCAGCUGGAUGUGGCACACAGGAGCCUGUUCCCUGCUGUCCUCACAACACAGCUGGCUCUGGACAGGAAAUGUAUGACUUUCCUGAAACCGAGGACCAGUGGUAACAGUUCCUCCUACCUCCAGUCUGCCGUAGAGGAAGCCCACAGCGAGGAGUGGGCACGCCAGACCAUCCGCUACCUCUCCGACUGUGAGCGCCAUAUGAAGAUGGCUACCUUCGUCCCCUCAGCCGCUGUCUGUAGCCCUCCACCACCCUUCAGGCCCCUUCCACUUGCCCAGUGGUUUGAGACAGUCCACUCCAACGACAUCCUCAGCCAUCUGGAUGAGAUGAAGGGAGUGGUCACCUCUACCUAUGGUAGAGUUCUCAAAAUGGAUUCGACCAAGAAGAUCACCAAGAAGCUGGCUGGCGGGAUCGGAGACAGUGCUUCAUGGAUGACGAACAUCGGGAAUGAGUUUGGCCAGGUCCUGAACUCUGUUCUGACGACGGGUGAAGGUGCAGGGUUGGAGGAGUUGUGUCAAGGCAUCGUCACUCGUUACCAGAAUGCAGGCCAAGCUGAACCUGAGGUCAUCUAUGUCGACCGGGACUGCUGCAGCCAGUCAGGUGUGUCUUCAGUGCUAAAACUCUUUCACCCAUGGAAGUCUGCAGUGCGCUUGGACAGCUUCCACUUCAUGCGGCGCUUUAACUGCGGCCUCACCACAGAACACCACCCUCUGUAUGGCACCUUUUGCGCCAAGCUUUCCUCCUGUAUCUUUGAAUGGGACCAGGAGGAUGUGCAACGCCUGAAGGAGGCCAAGAGGGCAGAGUGGAAGAGCAGCCACGGUGGACAAGCUCCCACUGAGGAACAGCUCAUGGCCACCGUCAGCCCAGGGGAGCUGAAGAGGCACUGCAGGAGGAGGACGCGUGGAGUGGAAGAGAUGCGGGGCAUGAUUUCGGGGCUGCUGGAAUCAAUGUGGGAGCUGACGGACACCACAGGGCUGCAUCUAGUCAACCAAGACAGCAUGCGCCAUGUUUGGGAGGUGCAACAGAAGCACCUGGAGUGCCUCCAAGACCCUGCAGGUGUUGCAUUGUACACCAAAGUGGGGACUCUCCAGAAGGGCGGCAAAGAGCUUGACAUCCUCAGGUGUGCUAGGGGGUCCUCCUCCCUGGAGAGUUUUCACAGGCACCAGUGUGCUUUCAUUCCAGGCUGGCGGUGCAAUGCAGUACAUAUGCAGAUGUACAUGCUGGAGGGAGUAUCAAGGUGGAACAUGGGCCGGGCCAAGGAGGCAGUAGCUGUGGAGGGGGCCUCAACCCUCAGAACCUUUGAUGUCCGGUUAAUGUCUCACCUCAACAACAUCAGCCAGCGGGUCCUUGGUCGUGCUCUGGUUCCGGAGUUCACCCCACCCAGGAAACCUACUGGGGAGCGCAUUGCUGUGGAGUAUCUUUUGGCCCAGACCAACAGAGGUGACCUGCUUGCUCCAGAGCAGAUGCCUGAAAUCCCCUUUCAGGUGCUUGAGGAAGAAGAGGAUGAGCCAGAUGCCACAGUGUACAUGCCAGGUGAUGUUGAGGCUGGUGAUCCCUGGGAUGUGGGUGUGCCUGACACUGCUCUGUGCCGGUCAGCUGAGCUUGGGGCUGGUGAUCCCGAUCCUCCAUGUGCUGUGGAAGACCAGGUGUUGUUGGAAGGUGACACUGAACCUGGACCCCUCGUCACAGAGACCAGCCAAUGUGACUCAAGAGGCGUUGCGGGAUGGGAGGCAGUUGAUGCCCUGGCAGCCUACCUAGUUGGCUUGAACCGCACCAUCACUGCCUUGUCAGCGAAGGAGGAGACGGACAUAAUCCAGCUGUACACAGCUCUCCAUGCCAUGGACAAGGUGCCUUCAAGGUACACCCAGAAGGCUGAGAAGAAAGGACACACAUCACGAGGACCAUGGAGAGCACCCAGGAAGCCGAGUGGCUCUGCUCCUGGACAGCAGGCAGCAGAGAGACUAUACAUGACUCAUGGCCAAGCAGCCCAAGACCCUGCAGUACACAGGGUCAGUGAGUGUGUUUGCCUCAGACUUUUCAAAGAGUUUGAGCAAGGACGCAACAGGCCGAAGGACACAAAGGGAAAAACCAUGCCCAUCCCUCAGUCCAUUGUGAGCAUCUACAGCCACAUCAGACAGCUGCUGGAGGACAGCAGGGUUGUCCUGGACCAGACCGACUUGGUUCUGGUGCCGGUCAACAACACCACUGUCUCUUCAUGGCUGCUUAAGAGGGAUAAGAGGAAGGACAGGGACAUGCUGUUGCAAGGCACUGUACUCCCCAAACAGCUGUACCUGGCCAAGGAGUCCCUCCCUGCAGUGAAAGCACUUCCGGCUGCCCCUGUGCAGCAAGAACAUGAGGUGAUGUCAUUUGAGGAGCCUGAAAACCGUGAGGGGGAAGCUUUCCCCCGCCAGCGCACUCUGACAGCAAACAGGCAGGUGUUUCUUUAUCCGCCAUUUCCACCUCCCCCAUUCCCUCCACAAUUUGGGCCAGGUCCUUCGUAUCAGCAAGCUCCUCAGUUCCAGCAGACUCCAUUCCAGCAAGCUCCUCCUUACCAGCAAGCCCCUUAUCAGCAAACCCCUUACCAGCAAGCCCCUUACCAGCAAGCCCUUUACCAGCAAAGUCCUCCAUUCCAGCAAGCUCCUCCAUUCCAGCAAGCCCCUCACCAGCAAGGCCCUUACCAGCAAGGCCCUUACCAGCAAGCUCCCCCUUACCAGCAAGCCCCUUCUCACCAGCAAACUCCUCACCAGCAAGAGUGCCUUCCACCUCAGCCAAGGCAACGUGCCUGGAGAAUUCAUAAAGCUGCCCAGGAAGAUGAGCAGCUAGUGGCUAGUGGCGAACCACCACGGAAAAGGCUGGCAAAGGAACACUACCACUACACCUGCAAGGAGUGUGGCCAGGAAAAAAAUAAAAGGACUGGACAUACCCAGCUGAAGGGGCGGUGGUACUGUCCAGCCUCAGGACUGACCCUUGAUCAGUGGAAGGACACUUUAUAA